UUACCUGGUCUUUGGCCAAGCUCGUCGCGCACGAAGGCCUCCUUCCUUCCGACCUUGGCGCACGUAGACGCUCGAGGGCAAGGAUUCGACACGAGUCGACGGCGUCGAGGAUGCGUUGAUUGUGCGCGACUUUCGUCUCGGCUUGGCGGCAACAAUGCUGCACAAUGCCAAUGCAGUCAAGAGAGAGCAGUUGUGAAUCCAUUGAUUGAUGCCGUCUCUGCAGCUAUAUAUCGCUGACUGACCUCUCGACAUAAUAAACCCGCCUAAGACAUGUCAAUCGGCUUCUGACAUACAUACAUACAUCAAAAGACAAGUGUACCAUCAAGACGAUUGUGUGCCUCACCCACUUUGUCAGGUGAAUGAAUGGACUAAGGCGGCAGCGACAUGCCGUUUGUCGCCGACAAUGCAAUGCACGACAGACAAUACAUUACAUAAGGAGGCCCUCCCUGCACACAUAUACAUAUCGGAGACACACAUCUCGAUUGAAUGCUCUGUGUCUCUGCUUGUCUAUGUAUGUACCUACCUGUCUGUGUGGUACAUAGUGUUCUAAGGAUGGCGCAGCGCCAUCAACCCAGACGUGUCUGUGUGUGUGUGUGACGCAGUUCGUUUCACGAGAGACCGACAGACUCUGCCUGCCGUUGCGCUAUGAGUUAACGUAUGUCACACAGACGUGUCUGUCCGCCAUAGAUGGCCGAAUGGCCCACAUGUCACUCUGAUCACAUCACACGCCCACACACAUACAUUCACACACGCACGCAGCUGGUUGCAUGCUCCUAGCCGUGCGUAUGCUGCUGACCGAGGUCAAAUGCGAUUCGCCACCAAGCAUAUGGAGGCAGCAAAGGACACCACCAUGAUACAUAUGAAUAGUAUCGCCAGCCAGCAAGAAGCGAUGAACAUCACCAAACAGACACAUUUCCACCCAGCAGGCAAGGCAGGUAGGCAACAGGAAUGGGGAGGGAAGGGGAGGUGGGAGGGUGACAGACAAAUUAGGGAGGGGAGAACUCGGCAGGCCGAGGGGCCCGAGAAAACCGGUCGCGCCGAGGU